UCUGCUGAGUGGUAAAAACGAGAAGAUCAUCUUUGCUACCAGCUACUUUUUCCGAGUGAAAAGUAUGACGCAAUAAAAUCGCACCUUCGAUACGCAAGAUCACAAGCAAGUAUCUCGAAAAUAGCAAAAAAAUGAAAUUGCUAGUCGUAUCACUAGUCUUUGCGGCCACGAUCUCUAUUGCGAAAACACAAACCCGAUACGUGGCGAAACCAGGUUCGUGUCCACCUGCCUUACCUGUACAAUUCUGCGGACGUUCCUGCUACCUUGACGCGCAUUGUGCUGGAAUCGGCAAGUGUUGUCCGACUCAAUGCGGCGGUACUAUUUGCUCCAUGCCCGUCACGAUGACGCGACCUCCUCAAACAGAGAAACAAGGAUCUUGCCCAUCGAUACCGACAGGAAGAUGGGUAUGCUCAUCAACUUGCAAUAGUGACAAUGAUUGCAGAGGAAAUCUAAAAUGCUGCAAAAACAGAUGUGGCGCUUUAGCUUGUCAAAAACCGGAAAUUGAAGUACUUGAAUCCACCGAUAUUCCAGUUCAACCGGUUGCUCCGCGCUUUGGAAAUGAUGAUUACAAUCAUUAUAUUUAAACUCGAUUUUUUAUUAUUACUAUAUUUAUAAUAACUAAUUUUAUCAAUAAUAAUUAUAACAUAACAAGCAUUUUUUUCGUUACAUAUAAGCAAUAAAGCAAUUUUGUAGCAUUUUAUGUGAAAUUGUAGUAUUUUUUGUGAGAUUAAUGUUUCUAAUUCUGUAUCGAGAUUUAUGUUAUAUUACCUAAGAAAACAUUAUUUAUAUAUUUUUCUACAAAAUGUAAUUAUAUUUUAAUCUAGUUAAUAACUUUCAUUCAUCUUAAUGAUAUGUAAGUUCUUUUACUAUUUUAUUUUCAUAGUAAAUGUCCCCAAAUAUUGUUAUUGAUAUUAUUA